CUGCGCAUGCGUGUUCUCACAGCCCGGCGGGGAGUUGGAAAGUGGAAUGGAAGAAAAUAAGAGAGGAAGGUAGUUUAGAAGAAUAUUUUAUAACCCAUCAGUGAGAGAAAGGGCGCACUAGGUAACAUGCAGACAUCUGAUACCAAUUCUGUUCAUUUGAAUGAAUGGCAAAAAAAUGCAUUUGCUCUGACCUCUGGCACCUGCUCCCCAAGACAGAAGGCAGAAGUGUAUCGUGCACAUCUUGCACAGAUUCAGUAUGCAUGGGCAAACUCUGAAAUCUCAGAGGCAGCGGCUAUCCACCUGUUCAAGAAGUAUUCUGAGAAGUGCUCUGCUAUUAUUGACUCUGACAAGGUGGAGACUGGAUUGAAUAACUAUGCAGACAGUAUUAUGACUUUGGCUAAAUGUCAGAGAAAUGACAGUGACAAGUGGCAGUCCUCCUUCACAGUCAGUAAUGUUUUAAAACUAAAGUGUGUGCAGGAUAUGACUGAGGCUGCCAGAAAAGUCCAGGCGUCUCUGUUGGCUUCAGCAGAUGCUUCAGUUAGUACUGGUAAUGGGGUCAGUGCUUCUGGAAGUGUUGGCUUUCCAAAUAUUAAUGUCCUUAGCCGACCAGGGUAUAAAGAGCCACAAGCUGCUUCAUUCAAAUGUCAAAUACCAGAGGGAGCAUCAAAUUUUGCUCAGAUCAGUUCUACUUCAACAGUGAUUAGUACAAAUGUUACUGCAGCUUCAAAGAUUUCCCCUAACAUACCACUUAACAGCAAAGUUUUUGCCACAACAUCAUUAUUUGGAAAUACUGAAGCAGCUACUUUAACAAAGGCAUGUACAACGGCAAUCCCAAACCAGUUUGCGUCUGAUAGCCCUACAGGUUUAACAAAUUCAACAAAGAGAAAAAACUUUUAUUCCACAAGUGAAAACAUGGACACACAAUCUAGCUUUAUCAAUCACAAACAAAAAAAUAGCGGACAAGCUACUUACAAUUCUAAUCAGGCAGAUGGAAAUAAUCAGUGUAGUUUUAAAACUGCGAAAGAACAGUUAUGGGUGGAUCAGCAAAAAAAAUAUAACAACCAACCUCAACGUAAUGUAGGUCCUAGUACAUGUGGUGGUGGUGCUAAAAGAUCAUUGGGAGCUGGUCGCUCUCGUGGAUUACAUGGAAAAUUUGUUCCUCCAAUUCCUAGGCAAGAAGAUGGUGAUGAGAACAAAAGCAUGCAGAGGAAAGCUUAUGGGGCUGACAAUAGUGAAAUGAAUGUACUUUUUGAUGAGCGUUUAAAAAACAUUGAACCAAGGAUGAUUGAGCUGAUCACAAGUGAGAUCAUGGAUCAUGGUCCUCCAUUGAACUGGGAUGAUAUUGCAGGUUUAGAAUUUGCCAAAACUACCAUAAAAGAAAUUGUUGUCUGGCCAAUGCUGAGGCCAGACAUAUUUACUGGCCUGAGAGGCCCUCCCAAAGGAAUACUUCUCUUUGGUCCUCCAGGCACAGGAAAAACUCUAAUUGGCAAAUGCAUUGCUUGUCAGUCUGGGGCAACUUUUUUUAGCAUUAGUGCAUCAUCGUUGACUUCUAAAUGGGUUGGUGAAGGUGAAAAGAUGGUUCGUGCUCUCUUUGCAGUCGCCAGAUGUCACCAGCCUGCUGUGAUUUUCAUAGAUGAAAUUGAUUCUCUCUUAUCUCAGCGUGGUGAAGGAGAGCACGAGUCUUCAAGAAGGAUUAAAACUGAAUUUUUGGUUCAGCUAGAUGGUGCUACAACAUCCUCAGAGGACCGCAUCCUUGUAGUGGGUGCUACAAACCGGCCUCAAGAAAUCGAUGAGGCAGCCCGAAGACGACUGGUUAAAAGACUAUAUAUUCCUUUGCCAGAAGCUACUGCUAGGAAACAAAUAGUUGUUAGUUUAAUGUCAAAGGAGCAUUGCUGUCUCACAGACAAAGAAAUAGAGCUAAUUGUUUCACAGGCUGAGGGCUUCUCUGGUGCGGAUAUGACACAGCUUUGUCGCGAGGCUGCUCUUGGUCCUAUAAGAAGCAUACAGGUUAUGGACAUUUCUACAAUAACAGCAGACCAAGUCCGACCCAUUGCUUAUAUUGAUUUCCAAAAUGCUUUUCAGACUGUGCGACCUAGUGUUUCACAAAAAGAUUUAGAGUUAUAUGAGAACUGGAACAAAACCUUUGGUUGUGGACGAUAAGAUACUUUGCAGUCAUUAUUUAAAAAAGUAAAUCUUGGUAGAAAGGUCUACAAAAAAAUCAACUAUUUGUUUUACUUUUCUUGGUUCACUUUUCUAUUACUUGUAACUUUGUUUUGUAAAGAUGAAAUAAUAAAUAAUUCUGUGCCAUAAAACAUUAUCUGUAAUGUGUUUGAUGGAAUGUAGCAACAUUUUAUCUAGAAUCAGCCUAUAAUGUUAACUGAGGUUAAAAAACAAACACUAGCAUACCCAGUGCCAUGAAUCUGCUUCAUUCUCAGUGUUCACCAUAAGGAAUAAAGUUGCAGCAGUAAAUUAUUCGAACAGUAAUUUAUGUAUUUCACAGGAUGUUUCAGCUUUGUAACCAAUCCUCAGUGGAAAUGUAUUGACAUGUACCUCAAUGAACUUGGCUGCAUCUCUGCUAAAGUCCAUUCAGGAAUACCCAGAUCAGGAAGCACUCAUUUCUAAAGAAAAAUCUAAUUUGUUACUGAAAAAUACAUCCCUGUACAAUCCAUUUUGCUGACACGUACGUCUCAGAUGUUUCGCACUCGCUGUCAGCACUUCAUCUGAGAUAAAGGAAUGCGUCCUGAUACAUUUACUAUUCAGUUUUAUUUUAUUUUUGUAGUGUCUGACAAAUGUACAUUUUGUUUAGGUAUUAAUCAUUUAGUACCCUAAGUUAGCUCUUGAGACUGAAAGUUUUCUAGUGUCAAAAUAAAUGGAUAUGAUUUGCUUA